CAUAAACAAAACAUGUUACUGUCAAGAGUCACACAUUAAGGGGUAACCAAAAAAGGGUUUUCGUGUCAUGCUUUUUUGUGAAAAAAGAUACAGAAAUAGGACGACAGAAAUAUUCUUCUGUUAGAUUGAAAAAGGUCGAGCUUCGGAUGCUGCGGCAACUUUUUAUGAGCUGGAAAAACGAUACUAUAUUUUGUAAUAAAUGCUAUGGAACACCCAGCUACUCAAAAGCUCUUUUAAAGGACACCUGGGCAGAUCCGGAUGUGUUCGGAAAAUUUACUAGCUAUGAGCUCUAGUCCAGUUAGUGUAUUAAGAUAAAUAAAUUAGCGAAUAAAACAUU